AUGCAGCACUCCGGUGCUUUGCACAGCCCACCGCUCAAGGCACAAACGCGACUCGUCAACCAAGAGCGAACGCUACCUUCCAAAAGCAAUGAAAUCCGCACGUCGUACUUCAUGUGGUGGAAUUUCAUACCAAUCUUCCUCUUCGACACGUUUCGCAAGAUGGCGAACGUCUACUUCCUUGUUAUCGGACUCCUCCAAACGAUUCCGCCCAUAUCUCCGACCAACGGCGUGCCGCUUCAGUUCCUCCCGCUCUCCAUCGUCGUCAUAAUCGAUGGUAUCUUUGCCGCCAUCGAAGACUACCACCGCCACCGAGCUGACCACGCGAUCAACGUCACGUUGUGUCAACAAUACAACGUCUCCAAGCGGGCUUUCGAGACGCUUGCUUGGAAAGACUUGGAAGUUGGCGAUCUCGUGCAAUUGAACGACAAUGAAGUCGCCCCCGCGGACCUUGUCGUCCUUGCCGCAGAAGGUCAAGUGGCGGGAUGCUACGUUGAGACCAAGAGUCUUGACGGCGAAACCAACUUGAAACUGCGCGAGACGCUCCUCCAAGACAUGCUUUCGGUUCCUGAGCCCGACAUUGGCAAUUUCUUGACAGGGCUCAGGUUCGAGCACGACGCCCCGACCCCAAACAUCCACGAUCACCGAGGAACGGUCCUCUGCAGCGCCCCAGUCGUAGACGUUGCCGUGACGUUGCCCAUUCGAGUGCAGCACACCGUGUGGCGAGGAUGCAAGAUCCGCAACACCACGCGGAUCUGGGGCGUUGUCGCUUACGUCGGGGUAGACACGAAAAUCAUGCAAGGAGCGCAGAAGCGCGGGGGGUUGAAGCAGUCAGCGAUCGAAAAUGUCACAGAAGCCCAAGUGCUGGUGCUCGUGGCGAUGCUUGUGGUGUUGUGCGUCAUCGGGGCAUCGGCCGAUGUCAUUUGGAUAAGCCCGACACUUCCUUCGUAUUUGGGGCCGUCGGCCCCCCCCAGUCCCUUCAUCACGUCGUUUUUCUACUACCUUACCACGAUGGCAGCCAUCGUGCCCAUCUCUCUCUACGUGUCCAUCACGGCAGUGAAGCAUCUGCAAGGGUGCUUGAUGUCGUGGGACUUGGCCAUGUUCGACGACGGGCGCAAGCUGCCAAUGCAAGCGCGAAAUAGCUCCCUGAAUGAGCAGCUUGGGCAUAUCACGCACAUCUUUUCAGACAAAACCGGCACGUUGACAUGCAACAAAAUGGAAUUUCGCAAAUGCAGCAUUCGCGGAGCAUCGUACGAGGUUGCGCAAGAGACCAGCGCCGCGGGGCGGCCCUCCGACUCAACGCACUCCACCCAUGACGGAUGCUACGAAGUUGAGAGAGUUCAAGCACCGUCGAAUGUCGACGUAGAAGGCAGACGCCUAUAUGCAGACAUGGACGGUGGUAGCGGUCCAGAUCAAGCAAAGGCGAUUCAUGCAUUCUUCACGCACUUGGCCCUGUCGCACUGCGUCAUGAUCGAUGCCAACCACGCGUUCGCUGCGUCGUCGCCGGAUGAUCUAGCGCUGGUGCGUGCUGCCAAGUUGUUUGGCUUUGUCUUUGCCGAGCGCACGCGUGGGUCCAUCCUGCUUCACCUGCCGAAAGGCGGCAGGACGGAAGAGUAUCACGUCCUGGCAGUGUUUGAGUUUACAAGCGCUCGCAAGCGCAUGUCGGUGGUCGUGAAGGCCAACGAUGCCGACGACUAUGUCCAUGUGCUGUGCAAAGGCGCCGACUCCAUGUUACGCCCUCGACUCCGCAACGAUGCAUGGAUCGAUGCCACACAGACGCAGCUUCAAUCGUUCGCCUCCGAAGGUCUCCGCACCCUGGUCAUAGCGUCCAAGCAAGUGGCGCUGGACACAUGGACACGCUUCGAUUCCGAAUAUCAACAGGCCCAACUGCAUGAUCCAGGUCUGGUGGAGCGACUGCAAGACGCCAUGGAGCAAGACUUGACCCUCUUGGGGGCGACGGGGAUUGAAGACCGCCUGCAGGAAGACGUGAAGGAGGCCCUCCACUUGCUCGGCAAGGCCGGCAUGGCGGUGUGGAUCUUGACGGGGGACAUGGAAGAGACCGCUAUGAACGUCGCAUUUGGCUGCUCUCUCUUGACCAACGACGUCGAGAGGUUCAUGAUCAAUGCCAAGACGUGCCCCACGCGCGUCUGCGUCCUGCGCCAGCUGGACGAAUUGUAUCGUCGGAUCAUUGCUAGCUUGCAAGUCCACGAUAUCGCUGUCGUGAUCGACGGCGCGUCCCUGGCGCUGCUUUUCCAUGACGCUGACGACGUCCCCAGCGACCUGUCCACCGACGCGUUGCACUUUCUCCGAGUCGCGUUGCUAUGCCGUACCGUGAUAGCCUGUCGGUGCUCUCCAACGCAAAAGGCUCAGUUGGUGGAGCUCACGCGGCGACACUGCCCCGACGCGCGGACGUUGGCUAUUGGAGACGGCGCGAACGACGUUCCCAUGCUUCGAGCCGCCCACAUCGGCGUUGGGAUAGCAGGCGAGGCAUGGCACGCCCGAGAAGGCCGCCAAGCAGCAAACUCGAGUGAUUUUGCCAUCGGGCAGUUUCGAUUCCUCGCCCGGCUCGUGCUCGUCCAUGGCCGAUGGAACUACAACCGCAUCGCGCCCUUGAUUCUCUUUACGUACUACAAGAACAUUGUGUACUGCAUGUCGCUGUUCUGGUACAUGCUCGCGCCGUCAGCGUACUCGGGCACGUUAGUCUACGCCGUGUUCAUUCAGCAAGGGUACAACUUGUUUUUCACCGCGCUUCCCGUGAUUGCGCUCGCAGUUCUCGACCAAGACGUGCCUGCUCAUGUUUGCAUGACAAUUCCCCAGCUCUAUACCAUCACCCACCGAAAGCUGUUGAAUCAUGCACGAUUUUGGACUUGGAUCGCGAUGGGACUUGUCGACUCGGUGGUGCUGCUCUACAUGAUGACGCUGUCGGCGAGUUUGGUUGAUUCAACUGGCGCCACGACGACUCUCUUAACCCUGGGAGACAUGGGCUGGACAGCGCUUUGCUUGUACAUGAACGUUCGCAUCAUGGCGCUCGUGUCCACGUGGAAUGUCUUGAUGGUUGGGUCCGUUGCCGUCAGCGUAGCAUUUCUGUUUGGCUUUCAAAUUGCCAUCGAUAUCCUCGGGCUUCAAGAUCCAACAUGGGAGGCUCCGUUCUCGUGGCUGCUGUGCUUCCCACCGACGUGGUUGAUUCAAUUCCUCGUGGUCGCACCACUGGCGCUGGCACACGUGUGGGCUGCUGCGCUCCAACGCACGUUUCGCCCGACGGUCCUCGAUUUAGCUCAGCUCGCGACCCAUGUCGAGCCCACACUUGACGAGCUCAAGGGGAUCGAAUAUCCACACCCCAAGUGGAUCCUGCCGCAUCUGCACCAACUCCAUGACACUGUUGAGACAGACAUGGAGGUGGCUUGCGCCGAGGACAUGCAGCAGCUAGGCCGGCACCACGGGUUUGCCUAUGCCCAACCAGUCAAGUUCCUUCGACGGCUCAUGCACAGAGGGAGCCCGGUCCAGGCGAAGCCCCGCCCUCGAUGGAACACAGAGUUCGUUCAGUUUGUGCUGGCCACGGAUGCUGUCGUGUACGAGAACGAGCGAUACCAACCGUUCGUUGGGUUUGGCCACUCCUUUCCUGGCCACUUGCUCCCGUCCGACCGCGGGCACUGGAGUGAUGCGAGUGGGGGCGUGUCAACCAACCAAGCCAUUCCGACCGCAUUGCUCAGGGUCGACACCAGCGGCGCCCAGAGCGACGACGACGGAUGGGAGUAUGCGAUGGACUUUACUCAGUUUCCAACCACGACGUGUCAUCGACGCCUGGCGUUUGUGCGCAGGCGGCGGUGGGUUCUUCGAGCCCCACGUAGCUUCGACUCAGCAUAG